ACAAAUAUUCAAUUAUAAUAAGCAUCUAUCCUGUAGUUAUUAUUUUAUUAUAGUAAAUAUAUCAUACUGAAUAAUGCAAAACGUCAGCCAAACAAUAUUGGUAGUACCCACGUGUUGUGGCGAACCUUUGUUUUUAUUUUACAUUUAUGCAGCUGCCUUACCUAUUGGUGUGUGAUUGUGUUAUUGCCAUGUGAUUUUGUUUUAACAGGACCCCUCCCAUGAUGGAGCCGGCCAACAUCGAUAACCUGUGUAUUCUGUACCAGAGCUCCAACUUCAUCGUGGUGAACAAGCACUGGGACAUCCGUAUCGACAGCAAGAUGUGGUACGAGAAGCAGACUGUCCAGAGCCAACUCAAACAGAGGUUCCCCGAGCUAGCAGACCCAGACACGUACUACGGGUUCAGAUUUUGCCACCAGCUGGACUUCUCCACCAGUGGUGCUCUAUGUGUUGCUCUGAAUAAGAGCGCUGCUGGGAAGGCCUACAGGUGUUUCAAAGAGCGGUUGGUCACCAAGGCCUACCUUGCGCUGGUGAGGGGGCAUGUGAAAAGUAGCAGGAUGACUGUUGAUUAUGCGAUUGGUAAAAACACUACAGAGGGAAUGACACACAUGAUGUGUAUUGAAGGAACACACGGUUGUGAGAAUCCCAAGCCAUGUCAAACUGAGCUGAUCGUCUUGGAAUAUGGAACUUAUGAUGGAGACCCAGUGACGAAAAUUCUGCUGAAGCCCUUAACAGGCAGGACCCACCAGCUGAGAGUGCAUUGCAGCGCCAUCGGGCAUCCCAUUGUGGGCGACUUCACCUACAGUCUGAAGAAGGACUGUGCGCCAUACCGCAUGAUGCUGCACGCCUACUUCCUGCGCAUCCCCAUGGAGGCAGAGCCAACUGAGGUCACGGCCUGUGACCCCUUCCUGACCUCCAUUGACCCCAAGUGGGUCCCAGAACGAAGGGAGCAGAAGCUGGAGAGGCUUGUCCAGGAGCUAAAGGACCAGGAUGUGGCGGAUCAGGACCUGGCUGAGGAACACAGGAGACAAAAAGAGCUGCUGACGAAACAAGAUCAGGGCAGAGCUGAGAACAACGUCAUGGAGAGCGAGGAGCAGAGGGUGCAGUGUGAGCAGUGGCUGGCUGAGUGGACAUUAGAUUAAAUAAUUGAGCACAACAUGCUGCGUAUGCCUAAAGGGUGAAUGGCCCUGGUGGCCGCCCCUUAGAGGUCAAAGGCAGUAACGGUUACAGCAUUUCCAUCAACUAGCUUGUUGGAUUUUGAUGUUACAGAUUGGACUAUGGUAGUUGGUAUAAGUGUAAUCCACAGUUCUGAGAGACAAACAGGCAGGUUUACCCCAUUUUUAUCAAGCGUACUCUAAAUAAUAUGUCCUAUUAGGCACUGUGACCACCUAACCCAUAUGUGCGUGUUACAGCUGGUUUCCCUGAUCCUGAUUAGCACUAAUCUUGGAUUACCUAAUGUUGCCUUAGGUAAGGUGGUACAAGAUAUUUUCUGAAACCAGACAGAUUAUCCUCCAAACCGUUGAAUUAUUCCCUUUUCUUGGAGGAUAGUUCUGCUAUAACUGCAGUUGACCUGUGUGGGUACUACAGUUACUGUCUUACCUUAAGGCAGCAUAUAUGGAUCUGUUAUGCAUUAUAUAUUGAAGUCAUGCUAAAAACAGCAGAUAAUUCAAUGAGUAUUUUGAAAACUGAUUACAUGUUCUAUUGAACGAAGCAGUUUUGCAGAAUAUUUGUGUUUUAGAUUUUGACAUACCUGUGGAUUCAGACCUCUACUGUGUCCUUUUCACUGAUACCUCCUUGCAGCUAUUUUAUAUGCGCAGUUGGUUGAUUUCGGGCAGAACUAGUGACAAUUUAAUAUUUUUGAAGUUAAUGUUGUAUAAUUCUUUUUAACGUGGAAGAGACAGUGCUUCAAUCCACAUUUUAUCAAUUUUGCCCCAUUUUAUUUUUAUUUUUUACUUUUCAGUGUAAAUUACAUUGACGCCCACAUUGCAGUCACUACAGUUUCACAACUUCCCCAGUUUUUCUUUUUUAUAAAAAUUUUAAAAAGGUUUGCAAUCCUGCUGCUUAGAGACUUGUUGUUUAUUUGUUCUUUUUUUAAAUAAGGCAUUAUUUUUCCUUGGGAGGUUAAAAUAAUGCAUGAAAGCAAUAGAAAAAGACCUUUUUCCACAGCCAAAAUACAACUUUCAGCAGUAACAUUUACCAUAUUUGGUUGACUAAAGUGUUUGUUGGGGCACCAUGGAAGUACACUUUUAUCAUUUUCUUUAUGUUAAGUUAUUAGUGUAUUCGUUUGUGAUAAUGUUUGUUUAUUCAGCCCUGCACCUUAUGUGAUUAGCAGCUCCACAGGAACUCUUGAGAAUUUUACACACAGAACCUUUGCACAUUCCUCAUUCCUCUAGGGCGGCUUGGGGUGAUCAAAUAAAAGGCAAUUUUAGCCAAACAUGACGCCUGAUUCUUACUGCAAUUACUUGAGUGUUAUGUUUUUCUAUUAACUUUUUUAUACUUUCAGUGUGACGGUUCUCUGAACUGAGUGCGGAACUGCUGACACUGCUGUGCAGAGAAGUAAAAACAAAACACAGUAUUUGAGAUUAAGAACAUAAGAAAGUUUACAAACG